AUGGCAAUUAUUAACCUUAACUGUGUCGUCAGCGGAAGAAACCCCGAAAAUGAAACUUUUACGAUUGAGAUUUCUAAUGACAAAAAGUAUGAAUUGCUCAAACACAUGGUAAAAGAACGCUUGGCACCUUUAUUUAAUUCUAUUCCUUCAUUCUACGUCCAUCCCCCAAUG